AUGGCCUUCACCUUCCUCUCAAUCCCUCACUUUCUCUCUCCUCAGCCCCACUUUCUCUCUCUAAAACCCCAAUUCGCCGCCCUCCGACCCUCCCUCUCUCCCCGCCCACUCAAACCCCUCCACGCAAUCGGCCCGGACGGCAAGUACUACCCGGACCCCUCCGACGACGACCCGCCGGAAGCCCCGGAGGACUCCGGCCACGGCGUCUCGAAAUUCCAGCAAAUCCAGCGCCAGGCCUCCCGCCACCAGAAGCUCCAGGAGGCCGACUUCAAGAAGCACCAGAACACCAUGCUCUCCGCCAUCGCCGACGUCGAGGAUCCGCCGGAGGGUCCCGCCGGAGCUGAACCUAGCUCCGGCGACGACCUGUUCGGCGACAUCGACCAGGCUAUUGCCUUGAAGCGGAAGGAGUUUGUGAAGCAAGGGCUGUUGAAGCCGAACCGUAAGGCGGAGGCGGCGGCGGAGGAGCUGGAGGCGGAGGAGGUGGUGGACUUGGAGGAGAUCGAUGCGCUUCAGGGGCUCCGGGUUGUUAGUGAGGAUUCGGAGGAGGAAGGAGGAGCGAAAUUGGAUUCAAAUGUGAGUGAUUUGGAUGAACAAGUUUCGGUUUCGAGUUCUUUGUUUGAUAUGGAUUUUGAUAAUUAUGGUAAAACUAGAGCUAGAAUAGUGGAGCCGAAGUUUAAAAUGAGCUUAGCUGAGCUGUUGGAUGAAAGUAAAGUUGUGCCGAUUUCGGUGUAUGGUGAUUUAGAGGUGGAGAUAACCGGAAUUCAGCAUGAUUCGAGGGUGGUUAGCGCCGGGGAUUUGUUUGUGUGCUGUGUUGGGAGAAAUACCGAUGGUCAUUUGUAUUUGAGUGAGGCUAUUAAGAGGGGAGCUGUUGCUGUUGUAGCUAGUAAGGAGAUAUAUAUGGAGGAGAGUUUGGGGUGCAAGGCAUUGGUCAUUGUGGAGGAUACCAAUGCUGAUUUGCCGGCAUUGGCUGCGUCGUUUUAUAGGCAUCCGUCGAAGAAUAUGUCUGUGAUUGGGAUAACGGGGACGAAUGGGAAGACUACGUCUGCGUAUUUGAUAAAGGGGAUGUAUGAAGCGAUGGGGUUGAGGACAGGGAUGUUGAGCACGGUUGCAUAUUAUGUACAUGGAGAUAACAAGCUGGACUCGCCUGAUACGACUCCCGAUGCUGUUAUGGUUCAAAAUAUGAUGGCCAAGAUGCUCCAUAAUGGGGCAGAAGCAGUUGUCAUGGAGGCGACUUCUCAUGCGCUAGCUCUGUCUAGGUGUGAUGAAGUUGAUAUUGACAUAGCGGUUUUCACAAAUUUGACGAGGGACCAUUUGGAUUUUCAUGUGACUGAGGAGGAGUAUAGGGAGGCAAAGGGAAAGUUGUUUUCAAGGAUGGUUGAUCCAGAACGGCAUAGGAAAAUUGUCAACAUUGAUGACCCUAAUGCACCGUUCUUCAUUUCACAAGGGAACCCGGAUGUUCCAGUUGUGACCUUUGCCAUGGAGAAUAAGAACGCAGAUGUCUAUCCCUUGAAGUUUGAACUUUCCUUGUUUGAGACACAGGUUUUAGUCAAUACUCCCAAUGGUAUAUUGGAGAUAUCAUCAGGGUUGCUUGGACGGCAUAACAUUUACAAUAUACUGGCUGCAGUAGCAGUUGGGAUUGCAGUUGGGGCACCAUUAGAAGACAUUGUUAGGGGAAUUGAAGAGGUUGAUGCUGUUCCAGGGAGGUGUGAGUUGAUAGACGAGGAACAGGCGUUUGGAGUGAUUGUGGAUUAUGCUCACACUCCUGAUGCCUUGUCUAGGCUACUGGAUUCUGUACGGGAGCUUGGUACAAGGAGAAUUAUAACCGUAAUCGGUUGUCCUGGGGAGAGUGACAGAGGAAAAAGACCAAUGAUGGCGAAAAUUGCAACAGAUAAAAGUGAUGUGACAAUACUGACGUCUGACAAUCCAAAGAAUGAAGAUCCAUUGGACAUCUUGGAUGAUAUGCUGUCUGGGAUAGGAUGGACAAUGCAGGAGUACUUGAAACAUGGCGAGCAUGAUUACUACCCACCUCUUCCAAAUGGUCAUAGGAUUUUCCUGCAUGAUAUAAGACGAGUGGCCGUACGGUGUGCUGUUGCCAUGGGUGAGGAAGGUGACGUGGUUGUUGUUGCCGGUAAAGGCCAUGAAGCGUAUCAGAUAGAAGGUGACAAAAAAGAGUUCUUCGAUGACAGGGAAGAGUGUCGAGAGGCAUUGCAGUAUGUUGAUGAGCUUCACCAAGCUGGAAUUGACACAAGUGAAUUCCCAUGGAGGUUACCUGAGAGUCAUUGAUUUCUUCCAAAAGGAGUAGGUGAGUAAAGGCAAGUUUCAGAGAGCAUGAUGCACACACGCUAUUGGUUGCGGUUAGGCGAUUAUUGCUGGAAACACACGAGCACAUGUGAACCAAGUGUAUCAUUCUGGGUUUGUAGGAGUAAAUGAUGUAGAAUAUGUGUGAAGGCAGCCAGAUAGUGGCUUCUUGGUUAUAAAAGAACGGCCACUGAGCUUUUGCUCUCAGAAGGGGUGUACUUUUGGAGAAGGCUGAAAAUGUUCACCCUUGAAAGGUUAUAGCCUUGUAGGUACAAUUUUGGUAGGCAGAUGUAUCUGUAGACUGUACUGCUUGUAACUGAAAUCCUGGCACUUAUAUUCCACUUGGUCCAGUGAGUUUAAAUAUAAUGUGUUUCUGUAUAAAGAGCAGUAUGGACCAGUGCUUAUGGUCAUGAUUCAUGAGAACUUUGUUGUUGGGGUGACUGAAGAUCAAUCGGUUGGUCCAUGAAGCUGAUUAUGCUGCAAUGGCUCAUUUCUGUAGCAUGUCUUCAUUGAACGCUUGCCUAUAUCUGUCA